AUGCUCUCUUCUGACUUCGCAUUGGGUGGUGAUCUAUUUAGCAAGGGACGUCGGCUGGACUGUUCCGACGUUUCUGUUCACGGCUCUAUUCCUACCCAUUCCAUUGGACGAUUUCUUGAUAACGGUUACAUCUCCACACCAGUUAGACCCACCUCUGGCCCCAUGGUCAGAUUUUCGUCACACCCGUUACUCAGAUCGUAUCUGGAAUCCAUAGGCCUCAGUUACUGUGUUCCCACCAAGAGGGUAAAAAAGACUUCUCUUGAAACCAGCGAUAUAAAUACUCCACACUGUUUCCUUGUCGGUGUGAGUCUAGUCAGCUUUAUUGCGAACUUCCAAACCUCAUCCAAACUAUUUCCUUUCAUCAUGGGUCACCCAGAAGAAGUCGAUGUGAUCGUUGCCGGUGGAGGCCCCGCAGGUUGUGUCGUCGCUGGGCGACUGGCCUAUGCCGACCCCAACCUCAAAGUUAUGCUCAUCGAAGGUGGUGCCAACAACCGUGACGACCCUUGGGUAUAUAGGCCUGGCAUCUACGUCAGGAACAUGCAGCGGGACGGAAUCAACGAGAAGGCGACAUUCUACGUCGACACGAUGAAAUCCUCUUAUAUGCGUGGUAGGCAGAGUAUUGUCCCAUGCGCCAACAUUUUGGGCGGUGGUAGCAGUAUCAACUUCCAGAUGUACACUCGUGCAUCUGCCUCAGACUGGGACGACUUUAAAACGGAAGGCUGGACGGCUAAGGACCUGUUACCUCUGAUGAAGCGUUUGGAAAACUAUCAAAAACCCACCAACAAUGAUACCCACGGAUACGAUGGCCCCAUCGCUAUCAGCAAUGGUGGAAGCAUCACUGCCCUUGCGCAGGAUUUCUUGAGGGCGUCCGACGCUAUUGGCGUUCCAUUCAGCGAUGAUAUCCAGGACCUUAAUACCGCUCAUGCCUCGGAAAUCUGGGCCAAGUACAUCAACAGGCACACUGGUCGUCGAAGUGACGCCGCUACGGCUUACGUCCACAGUGUCAUGGAUGUGCAAUCCAACUUAUACCUGCGCACCAAUGCUCGUGUCAACCGUGUCAUCUUCGAGGGUAACAAGGCCGUCGGAGUUGCAUACGUUCCGUCUCGCAACCGAACUCAUAAAUCGCAGCUCAUGGAGACCGUCGUCAGAGCACGCAAGUGUGUCGUUAUCAGCAGUGGUACCCUCGGCACUCCUCAAAUCCUUGAGCGCUCUGGUGUCGGUGAUGCUAAGCUCCUUAAGAAGCUCGACGUUAAGGUGGUUAGCGAUCUUCCUGGCGUUGGCGAGCAAUACCAAGACCAUUACACCACCCUUUCCAUCUUUCGUGUCUCCAACGAGAGCUUCACUCUGGAUGACUUCCUCCGUGGAGACAAGGAUACUCAAAAAGAGAUAUUCGCUGAAUGGGAAGCGAGUCCAGAGAGGGCCAGGUUGUCAUCGAACGCCAUCGACGCCGGUUUCAAGAUUCGUCCGACUGAGGAAGAGUUGAAAGAAAUGGGUCCUGAGUUCAACGAACUCUGGGACAGGUACUUCAAGGAUAAGCCAGACAAGCCCGUCAUGUUCGGCUCCAUCGUCUCUGGAGCUUACGCCGAUCACGCUCUCCUCCCGCCUGGCAAGUACAUCACUAUGUUCCAAUACCUCGAGUACCCGGCCAGUCGUGGCAAGAUUCACAUCCAAUCCCCGAACCCAUAUGUGGAACCGUUCUUCGACAGUGGUUUCAUGAACAACAAGGCUGACUUCGCUCCCAUUCGUUGGAGUUACAAGAAGACUCGUGAAGUUGCUCGUAGAAUGGAUGCUUUCCGUGGAGAACUCACCUCCCACCACCCACACUUCCACCCCGGCUCUCCCGCUGCAUGCAGGGACAUUGACAUCAAGACCGCGAAGCAAAUCUACCCAGAUGGCUUUACCGUUGGUAUCCAUAUGGGUACUUGGCACAGGGCUUCUGAACCCUACGACGCUAGCAAGGUCCACGAAGACAUCCAGUACACGAAAGAGGACGACGAAGCUAUCGACAACUGGAUUGCCGACCAUGUGGAGACUACUUGGCACAGUCUUGGAACUUGCGCCAUGAAGCCGCGCGAGGAAGGAGGUGUCGUUGAUGGACGCCUCAACGUUUUCGGCACUGAAAACUUGAAGGUUGUCGACUUGAGUAUCUGCCCUGAUAAUCUGGGCACGAACACUUACUCUUCCGCCUUGCUCGUUGGCGAGAAAGGAGCCGACCUCCUUGCUCAGGAUCUUGGCGUGCGCCUCAGGCUACCUCACGCCCCAGUUCCCCACGCCCCAGUUCCCACUGGCAAGCCCACUACUCAACAAGCUCGCCGUUGA